AUGUCGCACAACACCAACCAGAAUCUCAAACUUGGAGUGUUCUCAACGAACGUCACCCUUCCUGUGUAUGCUGCUACACUCUCAGCGAGAACACUGCAGGCUCGCGUCUCGUGGCAGUCCGCUGCAAGGACAACAACCCUGCCGCCUGGCGCUCAACCUGUGAGCGGCACUGAGUACUGCCAGCAUCAUGUCAUUCCGAAAACGCAAUACGGUCAUCAGGGCCCCUGGGCCGUCCGCGCUGCCAAGGCAGAGCAAGGAUCCGGCUCCGGGUACCCGCCCUUCUCCCGUGGAUGGCAGGCCAACCACGUCCACGGGCACUGCAUCGCUGGACCAGCUCCUCGCGGGACACGCGGGGCUUCCGCUCGGAUCCUCAUUGCUCAUUCAAGAAGGAGGGACGACCGACUUCGGGGGGGCCUUGCUGCGGUACUGCGGAGCCGAGGGCUUGGUCCAAGGCCACACGGUCCAUGUUCUAGGCGUGGACGAAAGCUGGAGACGGGAGCUCCCUGGCCUGUCCAGUGCAGCCAAGGCCAGAGGGCCGAAGCCCGACAGUGGGCAGCCAGACAAGAUGAUGAUCGCGUGGCGGUACGAAUCCUUGUCCACGAGGUUCCAGACGCCGCGGCCGCGCCGCUCCAAGAGCACCAACCCAGCAACCCUUUUUGCCACUCGUUUGACCUUUCCAGACGCCUGGAGCCUAGCGCCAUCCGUGGACAACUCAUUUGCCUUCCAAUGCGGGACACGGCGCUGGAAGCUCCGUUCUCUGGCUUUCUUACCAAAGUCGCUUCGGCUCUUCGCGACUCUUCGCCGUCAUCUAUCCACAGGAUCUUGGUGCCUGGCGUGCUGUCUCCAACGCUUUACGGCUCGACGGCUUGCCAGCCACGCGCAAUUCUGCAGUUUCUACACGGCUUGAGGGCCUUGCUGCGGCAGUUCCCAGCGAGGGCCACGGCAUUGGUGGCACUGCCCAUCUCAUUGUUCCCGCGGUCCACUGGCCUGACCAGAUGGAUGGAGCUGCUCUCCGACGGUGUCAUCGAGCUUGUCCCUCUGCAGCACCGCAACCAAGAAGACAAGGACAAGGCUCAAGGCAUGCUACGGGUCCAUAGCCUUCCCGUCUUUCACGAGAAAGGCGGUGGGCUAGAAGGCGGAUGGGUUAGGCAAGACAUGUCGUUCAAGCUCAGCGCCUCCAGCGGCAUGGUCAUCACACCGUAUAGUCUACCUCCGGUGGGAGAUGAUGGCGGCUCACAGGCUUCUGGAAUGCCAAGUCCGGCAGCGGACACGCCAGGCUCGCAAUCGCUAGAAUUUUAG